CAUUUUGUUUCAUUAAUUAUCUUUUUGUUUUUUUUUUUUUAAUUUAUAUCAAAUUGAUAUAAACAAUAAAAUAUAAAAUGGGUGUAAAUAAAUCAACUUUAAGAACAGAAGAGAUCGAAGAGAUUAGAGAGGAUUCAUUAUUAUUUACACAAAGAGAAAUUAAAAAACUAUAUAAAAGAUUUAAAAGAUUAGACAAAGAAGAAAAAGGCUCGAUAAAUGUAGAAGAUUUUAAUCAGAUUCCAGAGUUAUCAAUGAACCCAAUGUUACCAAGAAUCAUAUCAAUUUUUGACGUAAAUAGAGAUGGUCAAGUUAAUUUCAAACAAUUUGUUAAAACCCUCUCAGCAUUUCAUCCAAAAGCAGAUAAAACAGAUAAAAUUAAAAUUCUUUUUAAAAUUUAUGACAUAAACAAUGACGGAUUUAUAACAAGGGACGAAAUAGAAACUAUUUUAACAAUGAUGGUUGGUAAAAAUUUAACAAAAGAACAAAUUUCAAGUAUUGUUGAAGAAACAUUAAAUGAAGCCGAUGUAAAUGGAAAGGGAAAAUUAGAUUAUGAAGAUUUUAAAGCUUCAAUAGGUAAAUCAGGUUGUAAUACUGAAAAUAUGUUAUCAAUUUCAAUCCAUAAUUCAGAAUUGUAAAUAAAAUAUAUAUAUAG